AUGAGUAGCAGUCAGGAAAGUUCAGCGAACUUGAGAUCGCAAACAGGCCAAGGUCCACAAAGGAUCCAAAUCUACAACUCUGAGCUGAACACCAUCUACAAGCGAGAAGUUCCCGCACUAAUCAUCCCCACCCAAUUGAUCUGCAAAGUCACAUACGUGAUCAGAACAUUGGAAAACAGAAUUGCUGAAGAAUUCAGUGCUCGAUUGUUCUCUACAGCAUUGAGGACCCCGAAAAGUUAUGGAUCAGUCCAUCAAGCUCUUUAUCGAGAAACCUUCGGACGGGGCGGCCUAUCAAUCUAUCUUCAGCACAGGCCAGGUUACAAACCUCAUCGUCCUAUCCCACCCAAUUGGAGACGAAACAGGGAAACUCCAGUAUAUCGACCAUCCGAUAUCAAAAUCUAUGUGAAAUAUCCGCUCCAGUAUCGAUGCAAUCUCCUUUUCAUCGAUAUACUCAAGGACAUGGGUAUCGAUCCGAUGGAUUGGAUGAUGGUUCAGCGUAAAUUGGCGCUGUCGGCAUCUCUGUUUGAAAACGAGCCUCCACUGAGAACGGAUGCUAUUACUUGGGGCCCAGCGGUUAAAUUGUUGGCGGAAAAGAUGUCACCAAGGUGGAAGCCCGCAUUUACAAUGCCGCUGUGUCGAAUUGUGGAGCGAGCAAUGAAAUUGAGCACAAGAGAAUCAGAUAAGAUUGUCAAAAUGGUUUUCCCUGAUGUUUUUGGACCUUUCCGCGACUCGAUGAGGAUGUCUCUAUUUUGA